AUGUCGGCCUCGUCGUUGCCCGCGGGGGUGAAUGCGCCGCUCAUGGCGGAUAAUCCCAACAAUCACAGCGGAUUGAUCGUGAUAAUUACCUCAUUUUACAUUGUUUUGAUUAUUGCUGCGCUCAUCGCACGUAUCUACGCUUCGUUCCAGAGGCGGCUCAUGCAACAUGAUGACUUUUUGUUUGGGGUUCUUGUGGUAGUAGCAAUCGUUCAAGCUGUGGUGGUAAUAACACAAGCCCACUAUGGCUGGGGAAUCCGAGUAGAGUCUGCGAUUGACGAUCGAAUGCUCAAGGCUGGAUACGCGGCUGAGAUCAUAUCAAUUCUUGUCUUGGGCUUCUCCAAGCUAUCGACCUGCCUAUUCUACGAAGCCCUCUUCUCGCAAAUACAGCGUCGGUUCGUACGCGCCAUCCUGGUCGCAGUAAUUAUGUGGACGAUCAUGUCUAUAAUAUUGCUGGCUGUUCGCUGUACCGACAAGCCAUGGAUGGAUAUCAGUGCGGCUCAAUGCAGUAGUCUGCUCCCACGCUGGCAAGCCAUCACAGCGACCGACAUCGCGACAGAGUUCUUUCUUUUCUUGUAUUCCGGGCUUGCGGUGCACAAAGUCAAGAUAUCGAUGCAGAAAAAAGUGAUGGUCUUCCUAGCUUUAGAAUGUCGAGUGCUACUCAUCCUACUUGCCGGUGUACGUCUUCACUACAUAACAGCACAAAUCAACUCCGCGACGCCGAUCCUCAUUGGCGCCUUCGCGACCAUCACAACAGAAAUGUACCUCGCAAUCAGCGUGCUCUGUCUCGUGAGCGCAUUCCUCAAGUCGUUCAUUGCAGCUUAUGAAGACAGCAACGGGAUCUCGUACACCGGUAGAAUGUCGGGGUCGCAUUCGAAAUCGCCCAAGGGGGCGUCGAGUACCACGCAGAAAAAUUCGUCCCGGUUCUCAAACACAGUUGAACGAUUGCGCGGCUGGGAGCGAGAGGAGGAUCCGAUUAUCGGUCCCACUGAUGCCUCGGGCGGGUUGCAGAUUUAUAAAUCUGUACAAGUGGAUGUGAGUGAUGAGCCUAUUGAGUUGGCUGAGGCGGGGCGGGGAGGCCGAGGACAUAUUGGCACAGAUCUACAGACUAAAUAG